AUGAAUCCCUUUGUGGCCGACAAGACGACGAAAUACGACACGGCCGAAGAUGGCCCAGACAGUGAAAGUGAGGACCACCUUUCCUGGCGACGCAACACCUCCUCCCCGGCCGUUGUGACUGUCUCGAGAGCGUUCUACUUCACAUCUCUGCUCUUGUUUGUGAUAUUUCCCAUUCUCGCCAUCGCCAUCGUCCUCCUUCACGGGAAACUUGAGGCCGGACGCAUCGACAGCGGCUUCCUUCAAGGCUUCCCUACCGAGCUGGACCCAGUCAAGAGCGUCUUGGCCAGCGAGACGGUUCGGUUCACGGGCGGUCUUCAUUACCACCCAAACGGAACCCUGUACCGGGAGACGAUCGCCGGCGAGCCUCAAUAUGUCGGGGCGCCCUCGCCCGAGGUUGACUUGGCGUGGGACACAUUGCUAAAAGGCAAGUGA